AGAAGGUGGGGCGACGUGAACUUAGGUAUGCAAGUCCAUACCUCUCAACCUCUCAACCUCUCAAAACGCGACAAUUGCAUCCACAAACCAACCUUGGACAAAACAACAAUAUGUAGGUAUUCAGUUUACAUUAUCCAGGUAAACACACUUAUAUCAGCAUGUCUCAACCUACCAGGUCCGGUCCUGCGUAUACCUACGACAACGCAGCUGGGGUGGGAUUUCUUCAUGGGGAAAUACAUCCACUGAGGCAUGCUGACACCGAAUGGCACCGCCGUCCUCCCAGCCCAGGCUUAGGCUUGGUCGGAAGGACACCAGCUAAGAAGCCAGGCUGUAGUAAAAAGGGGGCCCGCAGUUUCCUUGAUAUGAUAAUAAGAGUCGUCGCGGACAAUGCUGCCGCUCUCGAGAUAGGACAAUUAGACGACGUCCCUUUUCGAAUCACAUGCCGCGUUUGGGACCUCCUUGUUCGAGACUGCCAGCCUAUACCGUUGCAAUCAUAUAUAGUUCUCGCAACGUGUCUUGCCAAGCAACACCGGGAAGGUGAAAGGUCUGGGCCAAUACCGGGACGUGUUUUUCACUUCAAUUAUGUCGUGUCAUCUCCGUUUGGGUCUUUUCAGACCUACUUAAAACCACUUGCGUCCAACUCUUUCGACUUCAUCGUACAUCUCACUUUCGCCCAUUGUAACACCUCGUUCUCUGAACACGAAUUUCUAUCGCUGGCACUUCUCAAAAAUCUGGGCGUGCUGGAAAUAUUGCAGCCAAAGCGUUCGAGUAUCCAAAUAUUCCCUCGCAUAACUGACUCCAUAAUCAGACACUGGUCCGAUGUGCCAAACCCGUUCCCCUUCCUUCGAGUCUUAAGAAUCUGGGGGUAUGAUUUCACCACGUGGAGAUCGUUAACUUACCUCUUAAAGUUCCCCUCUCUUGUCGUUUACGACGUCGCCGGCUGGCGUAGCGACUGGGACCAGCAAAUGCAACUUCUAGACCCUAAUUGGUACUGUCAUAGAAAUUGGUACACUGCCGAGCCACACGAUCGCACGUUUAGAUACUUUAAUACGCAUUACCCAAGCCCAAUCCCACUCACGGAGCUUCAUGAUGAUCCUGAAACGGGACGUCCUGUAAGUUAUGGGGUGCAAAGUUAUGGGAUGCUAGGCAUCCAGGCCCAGAGCGUUAAGAUCCUAAAGAGGGAUCAUAUACCGCCUCAACCCAAUACGCCGGUAUCAGAAACGUAUAACCUACGCCCAAAUAUUUGUCUUCACUAUUUGACAUACGUGCUUUAUUGCCAGAUUGGCCAAUUUUGGUCAGAUAGCGACUUUGCUGCACAGGGCGUGAGUGAUACUGAUAAGGCCGCUGUUACAUCCAGCUCUCAUUUUAUUCCAUCCAGGCCUUACAUCUCGAUAAACUUUGGUUCGUGCUGCAAGCAUAUGAUUGAUGGAUUAACGGAGAAGUUCCAUCCCACCCCGAGUCCAUCACGCCCUUGCGAGGAUCAUGACACUCUUUUUCAGGCACACUACACUUUUAUACGAAAUAAGAAUGACAUGGGAGAAAGCGAGAAUCAAUCUAGUUCAAGCCCCGGACUAUCCGGUAACGACGGCUCAUCCGGCAAGUCAGCUUCCAACCCAAGGCUACGAAAGAAACGGAAGAUAUUUUCUAUGGAGGAUCUUUAGGUUAAAAGCGGAUGCUUGAUUACAUUUAUGCGUAAAGGGUACACCACAACUUCGACGGCUCCUUGCCCUAUGAUGCCUUUUAGCGUUGAUGGUUACCGGGCUGUGGUUAUAGGAAAUGCG